AUGGCGUGUAACGACAUCAUAAAAUUAUUUAUUUUAAUAGACGAAGGAAGUGAAGUCGACAGAAGUGCGAGUUGUCAGUUCAAGCAUCUGCCAGGAACAUUCAACGUUGAACUUAGUGUGCAACAGCACACCGACGACAAAAUAUUCAUAUUACUUGAGAAGGUUAAAACUGAACAAAAACCACCCAAACUUACGGAACUGUGUACGCAGGCCACCUCCAAAUGUGGAAUAUCAUUACCAAUAACUACCACAUACAGGAAAUCAUUCUGUGAAAAAUGCAAACAACUUUCUUGGCUUUCAAAAGACAUUGGGACAACAACAGCACAAGAUGACUAUACAUUUUCUACAACAAAGAUAAAAGCCACUGACGAAGGGUUGCAAGUUUCAGACAUAGUGAUUGCCAGUAUAUCGUCUUUCCUCGGUGGCGUCUUAUGCACGUUGUUCAAGCUGUUUGUGUACCGAUUCAUCUGUCAAAGAAAAAAUGAACAUGACUCAACGGAGAGCAACACUAAGGUGACAGCGAAAGUCGAAAGAAAACCAGAAAUAAGCCAAAUAACCUAUGAAACUUUGACUAGUACAGAAUGUGUUAUUGCUGACAAUGCGAAAACAGAUCAUGUAUAUCUCAAUAUAGAUUCAAAUUCAAAGUCUAACGAAUCAUCAGAUUUGAGAAAUGCUGGGAGAAGUGCACUACUAGUGAACUCGGUUGGCACUUCCGAACAUUUAGGAUGCGAACAAACUAAUGAGGUAAAGGAUGACCAUUUCUAUAAUGUACUGAAAGGCCAGAAAGCUGAAAGAGUUUAUGAGAGAAUAAAGGUUAAGGAUGAACACACAUACACUGGACUGAUAGGUCGUGAACCUGAAGACCGUCGUGUAAAGCAAAGAAGUUCGGGAGAAGUUUCUGAGUAUAACAAUAACCGUUCAAGUGAAAAACAUAAUUACUUCAUCUUACAAGCUGAAGGCAGCGGGAAUGCAGGCGAUGAAACAAGAAAAUCUACUGAUCAAGAUCACAAGUCACACAUGAGUGAAACGACGGGAGAGGAACCAUAUUCAAACGACCAUGCCUAUUUUACGCUGCAAAAGGUUGAGCAAUCUAACUGUCGUACUGCAGAAAUUGAGCAACGUGAUGAAGAUCCUGAAAAUGAAAAUAACACUGACGGACAUGCAUACCAUAUUCUCGAAAGGGUAUAGUUCGU